ACAGGAGGAUAGGUAGGGCUGCAGCUGCAGACAAGGCAGAUGUGUGAUGCUCAGACUCCGCCAUGCAAGGGGACAUUUGCAUUCAGCGGCGUGAAGGUAAACUUUUAGGCCCCCCCCCCAACAAUCAGCCCCUGCGUGGGGCUGUCAUCAUCAUCAUCGGGAUCAUCUCGCAGCUUGAACACCUUUUGUAAAUCGUCCUGCUGCAACCAUUAACGGUCGAUGGAGCGGACACGGUGGGCUCAAGUCGCAGCUGAUCCUGUUGAAUUGAGACGUCGAGACGCAGCCCAAAAAAAAAGUGUCCUUGUGAGAGUGCGUCAGAGCUCGCGUGGAUGUAGUGGAUGGAGUGGAUGAGGUGCUCGGCUCCGAAAAGGAUUGGUCACAUCACAUCCGAGACCGGCGCGGAGAUUCGGGGCAAAACCAUCACCUCUUCCGGACCACAUCUCCACACAACAUCACAGCAUCGAAUAUAACAGCAAGGAUCCUAUUUGUUUUAAUGUCUCCCAUAAAAUGGCAACCGGUGGUGACCAAGCAGGAUCAAAAGACGCAUCUGGAGGAUUUAACCACCUGAUGGAGACCACCAGAGAGACAAUGGUGACCACAUCAAGGCUGCUGCUGCCGCUGUUGCUGCAAGUGUGUGCGUAACAGGCCGGGCCCCCACUGCCCCUCACCUUUGCUGUGGAAAUGAUGUCAUAAAAGAUUUGAAUCCACCUCCGAGCUGCAACUUUUACCACUCACGGUCAGAACCUUGUGACUUAAAAUGGAGUUCGCAAUGGUGGGCGCGGACGGCGGGUGCAACAGCCACCCGCCUUACGGGUACGCCCGAGCCCGGGAGAGGGAGCGUGAGAGGGCGGCCCAGUCCAGAGCCGCUGCAGCUGCUGCGGCUGCGGCGACCGAGGGCGGCCCUGGAGCAGAUGGAGCUGGCGUCGGCUCUGGGGGGUCCACCACUUCCUCCUCCUCGUCCUCCUCCUCCACCUCGGGCGCACAUCUCCUUAACAACCGCCAGCAUCCGUCUCGCACCGCCUCCUCCAUCAGCAGCGGCGGUAACGCCUCCUCCUCCUCCACCUCCUCCUCCUCCUCCUCGCAACACCAACAGGACUCCGAGCAGCAGAGACUCCUCAGAGAGCGCAAAAAGCAACGCGGGGUCGGACGCUGGAGACGCAGCCGGAGCUCUCUCGGCGGGGACCUGCGCCACUCCGAACUGGCGCUGCUCGGAUCCGAGGAGGACAUCAUGAUCGAAGAGGAAGAGGAGGAGGAAGAUGAGGAUGAGCGGGGAAUGAAGAGGUCCGGUCUUCUGUGCAACAUGGAUGAUGACAACGACGGCGACGAUGAUGAUGGUGAUGAUGAUGACGAGACCGUGUCCAUCACCGACAGACAUCCUCAGUCCGGAUACGAGAACGUUUACAGCGAGUUCGGCUGCUGUGAAAGAGUUGUCAUCAACGUGUCGGGUCUCAAGUUCGAAACUCAGCUCAAGACUCUCACUCAGUUCCCGGACACGCUCCUCGGAGACCCGAACAAGCGCAUCCGGUACUUUGACCCGCUGCGGAACGAGUACUUCUUUGACCGGAAUCGGCCGAGCUUUGACGCCAUUCUGUACUAUUACCAGUCCGGGGGCCGCUUGAAAAGACCCGCCAACGUCCCCUUCGACAUCUUCUCCGAGGAGGUGAAGUUUUACGAACUUGGAGAGGAGGCCAUACUGAAGUUUCGGGAGGAUGAGGGCUUCGUCAAAGAGGAAGAGAAGCCGCUCCCGGAGGACGAGUUCAAGCGGCAAAUCUGGUUGCUUUUCGAGUACCCGGAAAGCUCCAGCCCGGCCAGGGGCAUCGCGGUGGUGUCGGUGCUGGUCAUUGUCAUCUCCAUUGUCAUCUUCUGCCUGGAGACGCUUCCUGAAUUCAGGGACGACAAGGAGUACCUGCAGCCCAAAGUCAACUCCACGCAGCCGGACCACGGAUUUACCCCCUUCAACGACCCCUUUUUCAUCGUGGAGACCGUUUGCAUCAUCUGGUUCUCCUUCGAGAUUAUCGUGCGCUUCUUUGCGUGUCCCAGCAAAACGGCGUUUUUUAAAAACAUCAUGAACACCAUCGACAUCGUUUCCAUUCUGCCUUACUUCAUCACCCUCGGCACCGACCUGGCGCAGCACCAAGGCAACGGCCAGCAGGCCAUGAGCUUCGCCAUCCUGAGAAUAAUCCGCCUGGUGAGGGUCUUCCGCAUCUUCAAGCUGUCCAGACACUCCAAGGGCCUCCAGAUCCUGGGCCACACUCUGCGCGCCAGCAUGAGGGAGCUGGCCCUGCUCAUCUUCUUCCUGGUCAUCGGCGUCAUCCUCUUCUCCAGCGCGGUUUACUUCGCCGAGGCGGACGAGCCCACCUCGCAGUUCACCAGCAUCCCCGACGCCUUCUGGUGGGCCGUGGUCACCAUGACCACGGUGGGCUACGGGGACAUGAAGCCCAUCACCGUGGGGGGGAAGAUAGUGGGCUCGCUGUGCGCCAUAGCCGGCGUGUUGACCAUUGCGCUCCCGGUGCCGGUUAUAGUAUCCAACUUCAACUACUUUUACCACCGAGAGACCGACAACGAGGACCAGGCGCCGGUGGUUGAGAGCAUGCCGCCCGGCUGCCCCUACUUCCCGGACUUUUUACGCAAAUUCAAAGGCUCGCAGUCCGCCUCCUCGCUGGGGGACAAAGCGGAGUACAUGGAGAUGGAAGAAGGCGUGACGGAGUCCCUGUGCGGCCUGGAUAAGAGUCCCAGUAAAGGGAACGGCACGGACAUAAGCAGAAGGAACAGUACUAACUCCAAAUCCAUUCAGACUGACGUGUGAUUAGAAGCGGUUUUUUUUAUUCUUCUCCCUAAAUAUGAACAUUAUUAGACACCCAAACAAGCUUUACGCACGGGUCACGCAGAGCUCUUCCUCCUCCUCUCCCUCCCCUUCAAGCAGGUCGCCAUGGUUACCAGGUUACAUAAACUCUAGCCACAUCAUUAGGACCAAAAUUUGCCAAACGGCACAUUGAUUAAAUUAUACCAAAUUAUACAAAUAAUACAUAUAUAAAAAAUAUGCUCUGCACUCUGUACUUAUGUGUUAAAUCUUAAUGGUUAGUGCAAUAAUACCAAGUUAGAUUGACACAUUAUUCGAGAUUAGAGGUCAUGAAUCAUUAUUUGGUCAUUUCAAAUAUUAAAAUGGUGCAUCUCAAUAAAAUAGUUAUUAUAUUUCAGGUUCAAUUCAGGCUAAGAGGCAAUUUCAAGGAAUUUUUGCAGUCUCAUUGGAGCGUGAAACAGUAGUUUAAAACAUUCAACUUUUAAAAAAAUAUUAUGACAUGCUGAAUUUGUUUUUUAAUUAGCUGUAAAAUAUCAUUCAAAAUUGAGAAAAGAACUACAUUUAAUAUUUCACUCUGUGUGAAUACGAGACUUUAACCUUUCAAAUAGAACAACUUCAACAAAUGGCCUUUUUAGAGAUCCUCUCAUUUAUUGAGCUGCACCUGGAUAUUGAUAACCUUCAGCAGGAAGGGGACAAAGUAGUCUUCUUGGAGCUCCUCCGCUCCUAAAGAGGAGCUCAUGGAAAGGGCAGCACAUUUAGCAGUCAUACAAAGCAGGGCUAGAAAGAAUCAUGUGGUACUGUACAUGCGCACCCUAAGCACAGGAGUCACCAGAUUUGAACCGACGUGUCCCUCCAGGCCUCAACUCAUGACGAGAGUGUCCCCGAAACAUUUGAAGUCACCUCUAAAUGAUAAUAUCCCUUUACACAGACACAAAUGGAACACUGAAGCAAAAACCAAGACUCUUUGUGAGGAGGUUGUGAGCAACUUCCCCCAUGUUAGCUGGACUAUAUCUUUUAUUUUCGACUCAAGAGGACCACGAUGAUCUCUGUGCUCAUCUGGAUGUGGAUGUCUUCCAAGCUCUGCCAGUCGCAGGUAGUAAACACAGGAAGCGGCAGAGAACAAACACUACGACGGCGGCCGUGAGCGGACACUGAAAAAGAACAACGUCUGGAGGGGAGGAACUACUACUGUAUGAAAAAGGUCAACAAACCCGGCAGGGUUGAGUAAAGUGUGAUUGCCUUAAUUACCACACAUUUCCAGAUGUAUACGAAGAGAUGAUCCAAUGAGACUUACACUCAAAUGUUUUCUUUACAUGUGGAAAAAAAAAGUCUUGAUAGAAAGAGGUGCGGCUAUUUUAAUAUGUGGGGUUUUUAGAUGGGCGGUAAUAAAUGGUGACUUGUCUCUGCUUAUGUGCAGUCGGCCGUACGACUUACUAUUUUUAUCUUUUCAUAUCGUCAACCAAACAAGGCUGACCCGAGUUGCUCAAAGGCUGGCAACAAACUUAAUGAGUCCACGUUGUGUCAUAACACUAAAAUCCUCCUCACUGAGAAAUGGCUUUUAGGGCUGCAAAACAAAUUAGCACCGUGUUGUCAGCGCAUUAACAUCCACUCUCACUAAAACAAAGAUGUCAGCCACAUAAAUCCAAUCAUAAAUAUCCUUUCUGUCCCACAAAGUCUACCGCAGCAUCACCAAGAUUGACCCCUCUUAAAGACAAUAAACCUUGGGUUGUUUUCUCAGAUGCAAACAACAAACGGACCAGCUGCUUUGUUGACGUGUUUCCACUUUUAAGUGUAUGCAAAGUAACAUGGAUGUGUGUUCUCUAUUUUUUUAAACCUAGCCUUGAUGAAUACAUAACCAAAGGUGAAACCCUGAAUUUAUUCUAUGUGGUGUUGAAUAGGAGACAAUGUAUAUAUAGCAGACAUUUAUACUUGUGUGUCCUGAGAUGUCAUUUUAUUUGACUGUUACAACCACCAGUCAUGAUGAUUUCUUUGUUUUGUCCUUGCUGAUACAAUCAUGUUGCUCACAUUGUUGUGAUUGAUUGCUGCUCUCACACUCCUAAUUGUUUUUUUUUUUUUUUUAUGUACCCUGGACUGGUGGCCAGCCAAUCACAGGGCACAUAUAGACAAACAACCAUUCACACUCACAUUCAUACCUAUGAACAAUUUGGAGUGGCCAAUUAACCUAGCAUGUUUUUGGAAUGUGGGAGGAAACCGGAGUACCCGGAGAAAACCCACGCAUGCACGGGGUUUUCUGCGCGCUAGCUACUCAGCCACCGUGCAGCCCCAUCAAGAAGUCAUUCAUUCAUAACACAAGGUCGCUAAUGUCAGGGCAUUGAGGGGUUGUUUACUGACACGCCUCUUUUAUUGUAAUAAUUGUAUUCAGUCUGUCAACCACAGCGGAUUUAAAAACCUCAAUUCUUUUUACAGCAUUUUGUUUCUCUCCUUUAGAGAAAAUCCAAAGCAUCCUGCUCUUUAUCUGAACAAUUUAUAUCUGUAAUUACCUCACAGUUUGUAUCUCAGACAAAAAAAAAGCUCUGAAUGUUCCCCGUGUUUCCAUACAGUCAUAAAAACUUAUAACCAUACGCGAUAGCCAAGGUAGUUCUAAAAUUGAUGUCAGUAGUUUUGUGGAAAAUCCCCCCACGAGGCGGAUGUUUUUAUUGGGAGGGAGUAGAUUUACUGUAUGUGUUGUCACUCCGGGUGCUUUAACAGCAGAGUUACUGGACUCAUAUUGGCAGUGUUGUUUCCAAACAUAUUGAAGUCAAUACAAUAUAUAUAUUUAUAUAGGUCAUCUUUAGAAUAAACAUGAUCUAAUUCCACUACUUUAUUUUGUCGACAUCAUGUAAAUAUUUUGCAAUAUGAAUCAACCAAGAUCAGGGGUCCCCCACUUUUAGAGCUACUUUGACAAAAAGGAAGUAGAGGUGAGCUAUUUGUGUUUUAUUUAUGUGACAGGCAAGAUUUAAAUUGUACUUUAUUUAUUUAACUGUGUGGUUUCUGUCUUCAUGCUACUUUG